UUGUUCUACCACAGUUUAAUUAGGCAACAACCGCAUUGUGCGCCAAGUUUCUUGCGCUUGGUACCGCAGUCGAUAAGUUGUUCUGCAGGACUAUUUUCCAGUUCAAUGUUUCUAAAAUGUCCCCUUUCUUUCCUCAUGCUCAUCGCCUCAGUUGGCAUCAUUCCAACAUAUUCAACACUUACGCAACUACAUAUUGUUUUUAGACACGGUGAACGGGCCCCUACAGAAACUUACAAGAAUGACCCACAUAUCAACGUCACGUGGUCGGGAGGUUGGGGUCAAUUAACAAAUCGCGGGAAAUUGGAUAUGUAUUUACUUGGGCUCAAGUUGAGAAAUCUCUAUGAUGGCUUUAUACCCAAAUAUUAUUUUCCUGAUGAAGUAAAAGUCACAAGUAGCUAUGCCGAUCGAUGUCUGAUGAGUGCUGAGAUUCUACUUGCCGCUCUGUUUCCACCCAAAGAUGAACAAGUUUGGAAUAAAGACCUAUUAUGGCAACCUAUUCCUGUGCAUUAUGUUCCCCGAAGUCAAGAUAAUUUGAUUGCGAUGAAAGCUAAAUGCAAAAAGUAUGACGAAGAAUUUGCGAAUGUUUUUCAUUUCGAAGUGAUCAAGAAAAUUGACGAAGAAAAUAAAAAACUGUAUGAGUACUUAACAGAACACACUGGACAAAAAAUGGAUUCUGUUGGCAAAGUUGAGCUGUUAUACAACACUUUAGAAAUUGAGCUUUUACAUAAUUUGACUCUUCCAGCCUGGACGCAAAAUGUGUCUUUAGAGCAAAUGAAGAAAUUAGCAGCCAGAAGUUUAGAGACAUUUACUGAAACAAACUUUAUGAAAAAAAUGAAAGGGGGAGUGUUUUUGAAAAAAGUGAUAAAAGACAUGGAAACUCUUAAGAAAAGUCCUUUGCUUUACUUGUAUGCAGCACAUGAUCUUACCCUUGUAAAUAUUUUAAGGACUUUGGGAUACAAGUCUAUGUUAAAGCCUGGAUUUGGUGCUUCUUUGAUUCUUGAGUUGCACAACAAUUCACAAAUUACGAUGUUGUAUCGUGACGAUAUUAAAAGUGAUCCAGAGAGAAUAGCACUUGAAAGUUGCGGCACGCCUUGUUUAUUGAGUGGAUUCAAAACCGCUCUGAAGGAGUUUCUUCCUUCCAAUUGGGAGUUAGAAUGCAAUGAAUAAUUUAAUAUUUUUUGUUUCUAUUAUUGAAAGUAACCUUGUGUACCUACUUUAGAUUAAUCAAUAAACGUUCAAAAGGA